UUGGAGCUCUUGAGGCGAACAAGAGGGAGGCGGAAGCUGUUGAAGAAGGCACCUUCAGAGAGUUUGAGGAAAUGUCAUAUGUGAUGGACCAGCAGAGGGGGCUGCAGCCUGGUUGCCUGGUGACGGGGGUGCGCACCCCUCCCAUCCGCCGCAACAGCAAGCUGGCCAGCCUGGGCCGCAUCUUCAAGCCCUGGAAGUGGAGGAAAAAGAAGACAGAGAAGCUGAAGCAGACCUCCACAGGUCUGGAGAAGAAGACGGCGGCGCGGCAACACCGGGAUGAGAUGGGCAGGAAGGGCGCAGGAGACCAGGAGUCAGAGUCUGCUUGCGGGGGCAAUGGGGACGGCUCGACCACCCCCACCCAGGAGUUCUCAGACGCGGAGGACAGGGACGAUGACCCCAUGGCACCGCUGGCCAGCACCGGAGACGACCUGGGAUCAGACGAGGACAACACUUCUACAGUGCGGGACACCACAGAGGAUGUUGAGACCAUGGGGGACCAUAGUCAGACCGAGAAGGAAGACGGAGAGGAAGACGAGGAUGAGGAGGAAGAGGAGGAGGAGGAGGCUCCGUUCGUGGACGCGCCCACCAAGCCGCCCCAGUGUAUGGGCCCCACCACGCCCACCCCCAGCACCGCGGACAGGAAGGAGGAGCUGAGGAUAGAGACUAAGAGUGAGAGACCCAGAGAGCCGCCGCCCCCACCCAAGAGGGACCCCAACGUCACCCUGACACACACCGCCUGCCUACCCGUCAAACUGCUCACCCGCCUGGGAAGCCUGGACGGUUCCCAGUCCAACCAUGUGAGGCCCGGGCCGGCCACCCUUCCGCGCAACUUCACCCUCCCCAAAGACGCCUUCCGGGGGAAGAUCCUCACACCGACCGGCUCGCCCCACCUGGGAGCCAUGCACCCACAGCUGCCCCCUAGCUGCAUCAUCGAGGAACUGCACCGCGCACUCGCCACCAAGCAUCGCCAAGACAGUUUUAAUGGGAGGGAAGUGCGCUCUUCACCAAAGCGCCGCUCGGACGGCCGCCUGUCACGAGCGGCCAGCACGGAGAAGGAGCCAUGCGGGGAGGGUGAGAACAAGAAGGAGGCGGAGGAGAACAAGGAGAACAUGCGACUAGACGAGUACUACAACGACCAGGACAGCUGGAACGACUCCGUCAUCUCUGGCACUCUGCCGCGGCGUAUACGCAAGGAGCUGCUGGCGGUGAAGCUGCGUAACCGGCCCAGCAAGGCGGAGCUGGAGGAGCGCAACAUCUUCCCCGCCCGCAGCGACCAGGAGCGCCAGGAGAUACGCCAGCAGAUCGAGAUGAAGCUCGCCAAGAGACUGAGCCAGAGACCGGCGGUGGAGGAGUUGGAGAGCCGGAAUAUCCUCAAACAGAGAAAUGACCAAACAGAGCAGGAAGAGAGGAGGGAGAUAAAACAGAGACUCAACAGGAAGUUGAACCAGAGGCCCACAGUUGACGAGCUGCGGGACCGAAAGAUUCUCAUCCGCUUCAGCGACUACGUGGAAGUGGCCAAAGCUCAGGACUAUGACAGGCGCGCAGACAAGCCCUGGACCCGACUCUCAGCAUCAGACAAGGCAGCAAUACGUAAGGAGCUGAACGAGUUCAAGAGUAACGAGAUGGAGGUGCACGCAUCCAGCAGGCACCUUACAAGGUUUCAUCGCCCAUAGCGAAGUUUUCUUCUGUGAAGAAACGGGACAAUGGAAGCUGCCGUCGUUACUAUUACUGUUGUCAUGCGGAAGGAAGACCUCGUGAGGCUUCUUCCCAAGCAGUGGCCUUGUGGGCCGCCAAGAAUUCUGGGAAAAUGUUGUCCUCAUUUUUGUUGUUUUUCCCUUGACUUUUGGUUCUUUAUUUCGUGGAGGAGAAAAAAACAAAACAACGAGGGCGUAAGAAGUACGUAAUUUUUCGUAGAGGCUAUGUCUCUGGAGCUGAAGCUGGAGCUGGAGCUUGGAGGAGCUUGAAGAGCCAGGAGUGAAGGUUGGAGGAGGAUGGAGGAGGGCUCUGCGUCCGACUCGUCUGGCUGGGGAUGUGGCUCUCUCUCCUCUCCAGGCCCGCAGCGCAGAGGGGGCUGGCUCACCCCACUGCUUUACACAAGACUGUUUUAUAUAUAAAGAAGAAACAAGAACUCUCACUCCUUCUUCUCCCUGGACCUUUCAUCCCAUUCAUGCUUUUCUUUUCUCUGUGUGUGUUUUUUUUAAUUAUCUUCAUCUGUUUGUGAAAGCUUGCCUUUCAAUGCCAAGAUGGGGAGUGGGUCAGGAUGAAGGAGACAAGCUGAGAACCUGAGACUGGGGGUGAGCGGGAGGGAGGAAAUGGAGAAUUGGGGGUGGGGGUGAGGGGUGAGGGUGGGCUAUUGUGAAGGGGUGGUUGUGGGGGGGGUUGAUGGCUGUUUUUUAUGUGGGCGCCCUGUGGGAAGUUGUUUUGCAUGUGACCCGAUGAACUUUUCCCCUCACCAGUCACCGGUACUGUAGUCUGUCAGUCUUUCAGUCACACCCCAGGUGUUUAGUGGGCCCUCACUGAGGACGACAACAAAAGGAAAGAGAAGAAAAAACAAGAAAAAAAAGAAAAGUGAAUUUCAUAUCAGCUGUGUAAAUGUCAAUCUCUUAAGAAAUGGACUACAUGUCUUACCUUUGUAAGCACUAUUUAUUGUCUGCACAAUACAAGU